GCCGUUAAACCUCAUUGAAGAAGAAGGAUACACUAAAAUGUCUGCGUCGAAGACAUCUUGGCUUUUGGGGACCUUGUUUAUAUCAUUCCUUUGUUUCGUUUCUUGGAAACAUUCAAUAAUCGAUGUGAGAGGUGCCUUUCUAUUGGUGGGGCGAGGUCUGUUGCUGUUGGGCCUGUCAGCCUUGAUGGUGUCAUAUUUUUAUCCACGCCUGAGGUCUUUGUUCUCCUCCAACACCGGACCAACAUCUGAAUAUUCUGACGAUGAGGAGGCAAAACAAAGACAAAAGCAGGCAAGGGAGGAGCUUCAGGAGAAACACCGUGAGAAGGCCUUCUCUUAUCAGGAGUCAGUGCUGAGACCUCGUCAGGAGUCUUCUAUGAGGAAGAAAGAGGAGCGAUUCUACCGCAUGACCGGAGAGGCCUGGAAGCUGACUGACGGAGAACAACUUGGAGAAGGAGAAACGUCAGGGCAGAGCGCCCAGGAGGAUGUUAAUGGCACACCCAAUCAGGAGGCCGUAAGAAGGAGGAAACUGCCAGAGAGUGCCACCAGAGUCCACCCCAAAACUGAGGCCCCUCCCAAAAAAAGGGUGGUUGUUUUACCAGAGGAGCCAGCAGAGGAUGCUGAAGGGGUUGUACGGGUGGCUUUGAGAUGCCCAAGUGGAAGAACAAUUCACAGAAGAUUCCUGAAAUCCGACAGCUCCUCAGUUCUUUUGGACUGGUUGCUGAAAACGGGAUAUCACCCUACAGUCUACACAUUAUGCACCACCUACCCCAGACAACCCUUGGUCACUGGGAAAGACAUAAGUAUGGGGGAUGCAGGCAUUUUAACGCACACGGUAUUAAAUGUGGAAGAGAAAGAUCCCUCCACGACCUGAGGAAAAAGCAUCAGUUCCAUGCCAUUUGAAAAUAAAGAUAUGAGCAACCGGUUGCUGGAUCACGGAAGCCUUCAUAACAGCCCAUCCUUGACAACGCUAUCUUUCAGAAAAGGGAACUAAGCUAUAAACUAAGUCCGUAUUGCAUGGAUUUUAUCUUAAUGCCAGAACAAAGUCUACAACCCUAGUGUACUCCUUCCAUGCUCAAACAGUUGUGUAUUACUCUUUCCCAAGCUUUAUUAAAACAUUGCUACACAAACA